GUUGCGAAAAGUGCAUGGCGCCAAAGAAACAGCAGCCAAAGGUGGAGGAGGAGGUCCCAGUGCAGGAAUCCGAGGACGAGCCUGAAGAGCCCGAGAUUCUUACAAAGUGUUUGCGGGCUCCCGGAAACCUCUUCUACGGUGAGGUCAAGGCCGGCUACAAACAGCGGAAAGGACAGUGGAUCCGACAUGGCAAGGGCCAGCAGAUCCAAACGGCGGUGACGCCCUUGGGCCUGGGUCCGAACCAACGUCCGGCCUUUGAAACCCUCAUCGUCAGCAUCUACGAAGGUGCUUGGGAAGAGGAUGCGCCAUGUGGCGAGGGCAGCUACCGAUGGAGCGACGGCAGCUCCUACGAAGGUAACUUUGAGCAGGGGAAGAUGCACGGUCAGGGCAGAUUUGUGUGGGCUGACGGCAGCUCUUAUGAGGGCAGCUGGUUCCAAGGAGCAUUUCACGGUGAGGGCACUUUCGACUCCCGAUGGGACGGCGGCCGCUACAUGCAAGGUGCCUUUCACUACAACUGCUUCCAGAAGUCCGACGGUCGCUGGGUGGAUAUCUUGCAGCACAUCAAGAACCAUGAGCUGCGAGAGAUCAUUCACGGAAACCCCCUGCGCACAGAGGUUGAAGCCGCCGCAGCAGCAAAUGCGUCCGCCUCUCGACGGAAAGGCUCUGCGACGAACGGCGGCGGCUUUGCCAACGUGCUACGUGCUGCCCCGGGGCCUCAGGGCUCCGGAACUUGCUCCUUGGGAAGUCGGCUUCGGGAGGCAUUGAGCAACAAUCUGGUCCCGCUGGUUCUGGCAGAGAGCUCGGCAUCGUCUUCAGCUUUGGAGGACUUCUUGGCAUCAGGUGCCGUUACUGAGCCCGCAGUGCAGUGUGUUAGCCUGCGGCUCUGCGCACUGGAGCAGAAGCGUCAACGCGAUUUCAAGCGAUUCUUCCGAGAUGCGCUGAAGUCUGCAAUUCUGUCUGGAAGCUUCUUCACGCUCGUCUUUGAAGACGACGAUGGAGCCGCCGGCACUGCGGAGGACACCUGGCUGCAACGUACGCCCUCCACGCAGACCCUGGAGGUGGUGCCUGAGGAAUGGGCGCUUUAUUCCUUCUUUAGUGGUUCUUCGCUACCGCCAGAGAUAUUCCUGCCACUGACGUUCAAUGCGCGUGGCAAGGCACACCUGCUGCUGCCCCAAGCGGAUGCAGGUACAGAGCCUGUGGACACCCCCUUCGAGGCAUCGGAAUCCAAAGAGGAGGCCCCCUCCAAGGAGGAGGGGAUCACCAAACCGGCGGUUUCCCAGGAGCUACUACAGAGAUCGGCAGCGGAGCUUCCACCCAUGGCCAACCUGGGGCCUACGGGCCACAUUUGGGAGCUGACCGAAGAGGAGGUGAGCAUGCGUGAUGAGAAGGACACUCAGACCAUGCUUGGCCUGCCUUUGCAGUACCAAGUGCUGCCUGCCGCCGUAGCCACCGGCCGAGUGCCCGAUGGCCUCGAAGAUACCGAGGUGCGCAGAUGGGUGAAGCAGAGGUUUGGCAAGCAUGCUCCAGUGCACCGCAUGGCGAUCAUUCUGCUUACCGGGACUUCUCCUGGCAUGGAUGAAACUGUUCGGGACGGCGAUGAUGCUUGA